GUGAUGCGCAGUCUCGCUCUCUGCGCUCGUCUUUGCUUUGGGAGGGCACCGGGAAAGCCUACCCGGUUGACGUGAGGGAAAAGAGCUGCUUUAAGUGAGUGGGAAAAUAAAUGGGAUGAAAGCUCAAGUCACUAGGUCAGCAGGGCGAACAUUCAAAGCUUCUUAACUGUAGCAGGUGGAAGGAGGAGGAGGAGGAGGCACCCUGGACUCCGCGCGGAGUGUGGAAAGACAUCAGUGGUCUUAUCAUUUACCUGUGCCACAUUUACUUUGCUCGUAUUCGCACUGUGUCUUCACCAUGGACACAUGGACAGUGUAAAGAAAGCGUCACCAAACAGGGGAAGGCAGUUCCGUACGCACAGAACAAGUGCGCAAAUGUCUGCUAUGAGAAUGGAUAGAAACCGAAAGAGUUGGCACUCGCGGGAGAGCUCGAGCGCGGACAGAAGGGGUGCUGCUAGGGCGAUGAUAAGGGAUGUAGAGCGCGGACAGCACUGGACCGUCCUUUUCCUGCUCUCGCUCGCGCUGCAGCCGCAGGUUGUCUCUGCGGUGGGCACAUUUGAGGUCCAGCUUCGACAGUGGCUAAACCCUCAGGGCUUUCUGCAGAAUGGUCAGUGCUGUGACCCCCAGGCCAGUGGAGGGCAGCGCUGCUCAUCAGGUGAUCAGUGUGACACCUUCUUCAAGGCCUGUCUGAAGGAGUACCAGGCUCGGGUUGCACCAACCGGCACCUGUACAUAUGGCACUGGCAGCACACCUGUCCUGGGUGGGAACUCCCACACCUUACAUCAUCAUGGAAACGAAGGAAGCGACAGCAGAAAUGGACGAAUUGUUAUCCCAUUUAAAUACGCAUGGCCAAAAUCGUUUUCUCUGGUGAUCGAGGCUCUGGACCAUGACAAUGAAACAUCAGAGGCAGGUAGGGAGGAAUUAAUCGAGCGAGUGCUGCUGUCCUCCAUGCUGAACCCAGGUGAGCAGUGGCAGUCCUUCCGGCAUCACGGCCGCACAUUCACUCUGGAAUACCGCCUCCGAUUCCGCUGCGACAACAAUUACUACGGGCCACUCUGCAACAAACUCUGCCGAGCACGAGAUGACUUUUUUGGCCAUUUCGACUGUGAUCCUUCUGGUACUAAGGUGUGUAAGGAGGGCUGGACUGGAGCAGAGUGCAGACAGGCGGUGUGUAAGCAGGGAUGUCACUUGGAACACGGCUCCUGCGAUCUGCCUGGAGACUGCAAAUGUCAUUAUGGCUGGAAGGGUGAUCUGUGCGAUGAGUGCGAGACGUUUCCUGGGUGUGAUCAUGGCACUUGCACUGAACCCUGGAAGUGCGUGUGUGACACAAAUUGGGGCGGCCUGCUCUGUGACAAAGAUCUGAAUUAUUGCGGUAACCAUCAGCCAUGCAAGAACGGUGGUACAUGUACCAACACUGAACCCAACGAGUAUCUGUGUGUGUGCCAGGAGGGUUUCCGCGGCCGCAGUUGUGACAUCGUGGAGCACGCCUGUCUCUCAUCUCCAUGUGAGAAUGGUGGAACAUGUGUUGAAGACCCAACAGGCUUUAGUUGCGUGUGUGCGCCAGGCUGGACGGGACCUUCCUGUGCCUCCGCAUUGUUGCAGUGUGACUCCAAUCCUUGUGGGCGUGGGGCCACGUGUCAAGAGACGCCGCAGGGUUUCCAGUGUGUGUGUCCUCCGUUCUGGACCGGCAGAACCUGCCAGCUUGACACUAAUGAAUGUGAGACUGGCGUGUGUGUCAAUGCCCGUUCCUGCCGUAACCUGAUUGGAGGAUAUUUAUGUGACUGCCUUCCCGGUUGGUCGGGACCAAACUGUGACAUCUGGAACAGUAGCUGCCAGGGCUCGUGUCUGAAUGGAGGACACUGUAAGGACUCUCAGUGUGUGUGUUCGCCGGGUUUCUCUGGUAAACUGUGCCAGACAGCAGUAAACGCCUGUGACAGCAACCCUUGUGUAAAUGGAGGGCAGUGUCUGGAGAGUCAGGGUGGCAGAGGCAUGUUCUGCAGCUGCCCGCUGGGAUACACUGGCAUCUACUGUGAGGCAGAACUUGAUCUUUGUAAUCCCAACCCCUGCCCCAAGGGGGUGCCAUGCCAUAGUACAGAAGGAAGCUACAAGUGCACAUGUCCUGAGGGUUACUUUGGAAACGAGUGCCUGAGCCUGAAGGAUCCAUGCCAUGAACCCCACUGCCAAGGUGCAGUGUCAGACCCAGGUGGAGGUGGGUUCAGUGUUUAUAUGGUGUUGGUGGGGGUGUUUGCCCUGCUUGUGGCAGGCAGCUGCUCUGUGUGUGCACUACUGCUGUCCCGCCUGCACCGCCGCCACCGGACCAAAGCACAGUUACGUACUUCAGCACCCGAGGACAACGCUAUCAACAACCAGCGGCAGUUCUGCACUCUCAUCCGUAACCUCGACCACAGCGUGGCCCUGCUGCCUCCUGCCCAAACAGUGCCCACUGUGCCCAUGCCAGUGCUCUGCAGUGAAGAGAUUGAACUUGUACUUCCCUCACCUGCACCCUCUCCAGCUCUAAAACCAGCCCACGGGCCCAAGCUGGACAUUUGCAACCGUGAACGGGAAAAACUAAACCGUUUCCACUAUGCAGAGAACCAGGAACUGGAGGUGUGACCGCACUUUGACCGCUGGGAAGGAACCGGACUUCUUGGUUCGGAGGGUCUGUUGUGGUUGAUUUAUCUUAAUCAGCCUCUGCUGGUGAACCUUGACCUCUGAGCUCUGCGUUAUAGAGAUCUGAGAGGGUUGAAUUUUGGCACAGUCACAGGCUGAAGUAACUGACAGACAGGGUCCAAAAUUUGAACACACUUGCCAGUGGUGGGUAAACUGAGAAUAUUUAACAGCCAUAAAUAUUUCUAAUCAGUCAUUUCUAAUAAUAUAAC